AUGAUAUUCACUUCCUUGACCAGGUACCACUGGCACUACAAAACAUGGCAACGAUUGACGGCUGGAUACCUCAGAACAUUUGCGAAGAACAGGCUCCCAAAUAAUGAACUCAUAGGAUACGUCAUCAACGACAAACACCCUAAAAGCAUAAGGGUGGCUUGCGACAGGUAUAUGUACGUGGUUAGGUACAAGAAGACGUUCCGCAUGACCAAAAAGGUAUGGGCGCACGACGAACACAAAGAAGCAAAGCUGGGAGACAUCGUGAGGGUGCAGCCACUGGGGUAUCGUAUCGGGCCGUGGAAGACUUACGUGUUAUCUCGAGUUCUCCACGUACAGGAUCCAUAUCUCCGCGACGAGGAAAAUAAAGACAGCUUCUCAUAA